UUCCUUUUUCCCGGCAAAGGGUUAGCGUCCACAAGAGUAUCUCAAGCUUUGCUAUAAACAGACGAUCAUCGCUCCCCACUCGUCAACCUGGUUUCUCUCCAUCGUCAAACAUUCUAUUUAUAAAAAAAAAAGAUCCAAUUUUUCUUUGUUUUUUUUUCUGGCGCGGAAAGUUUUUUUUUUUCGGGGAAUGUUGCGUUAUGUUCGUUGAAUCCCGCCCUGAUCGUGUUAUUUGAAUCCGGGUUUUGUUCUUCUGAUUUCUGGAUCUUUUGGGUUCGUUGAAAAUGGAGCAAAAGAGUGUGCUUUUGUCGGCAUUAGGGGUUGGAGUCGGGCUGGGAAUCGGGUUGGCUUCGGGUCAGAGUUUGGGCAAAUGGGCGAACGGGUCGGGCUCUAUGGUGGAUGGUCCGACCGUGGGACAGAUUGAGCAGGAGUUGGUGAGACAGAUUGUUGAUGGGAGAGAGAGUAAUGUCACCUUCGACGAGUUUCCGUAUUUCCUAAGCGAGAGAACUCGGGGUCUAUUGACAAAUGCAGCAUACGUUCAUCUUAAGCAGUAUGAUAUCUCGAAGCACACAAGGAAUCUUGCUCCUGCAAGUAAAGCCAUUCUUCUGUCAGGACCUGCUGAAUUUUAUCAGCAGAUGCUUGCCAAAGCUCUUGCUCAUUACUUCGAGUCGAAGCUCUUGCUGCUUGAUAUAACUGACUUCUCUGUCAAGAUACAGAGCAAAUAUGGGUGUACCAAGAAGGAACCUUCUCUCAAGAGGUCUAUCUCUGAGAUGACGUUGGACAAAAUGUCAUCUUUCAUGGGUUCCUUAUCUGUGCUGACUCAACCGGAAGGAACUAGAGGGUCACUGCGUAGGCACACUAGCGGUAAUGAUCUUAUUUCAAGGAGCUUUGAAAGUUCUAGUAAACCUCCAAAACACAAGAAAAACGCCUCCACUGCUUCUGAUAUCAGUAGCAUAUCUUCUCGUUCCGCAAAUUCUGUUUCAGCUUCUAGAAAACACGCAACGAACUUGUGUUUCGAUGAGAAACUUUUCAUACAGUCACUUUACAAGGUCUUGGUUUCAGUUUCAGAAACCAAUUCGAUAAUACUAUACCUCAGGGACGUCGAGAAGCUUCUUCAGUCUGAAAGGUUCUACAAGUUGUUCCAGAGGCUUCUGACUAAGCUUUCUGGCCCUGUCUUGAUACUUGGGUCAAGAUUGUUGGAACCCGAAGAUGAUUGCCAGGAAGUUAACAAAGAAAUUUCUGCUUUAUUUCCGUACAACAUCGAGAUCAGACCACCUGAAGAUGAAUCUCAACUUAUCAGCUGGAAAACUCGAUUAGAAGAAGACAUGAAGAUGAUACAGUCCAAGGACAACAAGAACCACAUUGCUGAGGUUCUUGCAGCCAAUGAUCUCGAAUGUGGGGAUUUAGCUUUAAUAUGCCAUGCAGAUACGAUAGUUUUAAGUAACCACAUAGAGGAAAUUGUGGUUUCUGCAAUUUCUUAUCAUUUGAUGCACAACAAGGAGCCCGAAUACAGAAAUGGGAAGCUGAUCAUAUCCUCCAAGAGCUUGUCCCAUGGAUUGAGUUUCUUCCAGGAAGGUUGUAGAGGCCUAGAGAACUCCUUGAAGCUGGAUACAAACACCGAUUCUAAGGGGAAAGAUGGUGAAGAGGCAAUAGUUUUAAAGAGUGAGUCAAAAUCUGAGACACUUGCUCCUGAAAACAGAACUGAGAUGGAAAAGUCGCUUCCUUUUACCAAGAAGGACAGUGACAAUCCCCUGCCUCCAAAAGUGCCAGAUGUUAUUCCUGACAAUGAGUUUGAGAAGCGUAUAAGACCAGAGGUUAUCCCAGCAAGUGAGAUUGGUGUGACAUUUGCAGAUAUUGGUGCCUUAGAUGAAACUAAAGAUUCGCUUCAAGAACUUGUCAUGCUUCCUCUUCGUAGGCCCGAUCUCUUCAAAGGUGGCCUUCUCAAGCCAUGUGGAGGAAUUCUCCUGUUCGGUCCACCCGGUACGGGAAAAACCAUGUUGGCAAAAGCCAUUGCAAAUGAAGCUGGAGCUAGUUUCAUCAAUGUCUCCAUGUCCACAAUAACUUCGAAAUGGUUUGGUGAAGAUGAGAAGAACGUGAGAGCUUUGUUCAGUCUCGCAGCAAAAGUUUCUCCCACGAUCAUAUUUGUGGAUGAAGUGGAUAGUAUGCUGGGGCAAAGGACAAGGGUCGGUGAGCAUGAAGCCAUGAGGAAGAUCAAGAACGAGUUCAUGACACAUUGGGACGGGCUUAUGACAAAACCUGGUGAGCGUAUCCUUGUUCUUGCUGCAACGAACAGGCCAUUUGAUCUUGAUGAAGCAAUCAUUAGGAGGUUUGAGAGGAGAAUUAUGGUGGGUCUUCCAUCAAUAGAGAGCAGGGAGAAAAUCCUGAGAACCCUACUGUCGAAAGAGAAAACAGAGAAUCUUGAUUUCCAGGAGCUUGCACAGAUGACAGAAGGCUACAGUGGAAGUGAUCUUAAGAACUUAUGCAUCACAGCUGCAUAUCGACCAGUUAGGGAGUUGAUACAGCAGGAGAGAUUGAAAGAUCAGGAAAGGAAAAAGAAAGAGGGGGCAGGAAAAAGCACUGAAGAGACCAUGGAUUCAAAAGAAGGAACUUCUGGGGAGCGAGUCAUUACAUUGAGACAUUUGAACAUGGAAGACAUGAGACGAGCUAAGAAUCAGGUUGCCGCAAGUUCUGCUGCAGAAGGAUCUGCCAUGAGUGAACUAAAGCAGUGGAACGAUUUGUACGGAGAAGGCGGAUCCAGGAAGAAAGAACAGCUCACGUACUUCCUCUAGUCCCCCAUGACACAUUUACCGAUCUCUGCCACUUUAGUGGUGUGAGAAAAAGACCGUCCAUCUGAUAGCUCAAUCCAGUAAGAUUAUCGUUUUUAAGAGUCCCUCGCCACGGAAGGGUACUGCGUUAAAGACCGUUUGAUCUUCGGCAAAACCUGCCGUUUUGCAUCAAAGCUGAGUCGUGAAUCGCUUGCUUGUUUAGGCCUUUCCAUUUUUAGAAACUGUAGUAGAUUCAUAUUCUAUUCUGGGUUGUUCAACUUCCCUAAACUUUGGUUUUGCUUGUUCUCUGAUUCAUGUCCCCUCUGGGUGUGUAGUUUAUGUUUUUCUGUACAGAACACAUGAAUGUUAUGUAUGUGAGACUGUGAGUGUUUGGUCUCGUCUGUAGCCUUCCUUACUGGUCCUGGUCCAUAUGUAAUGUAAAGUUACUUUUAAGUUCUGUCCUAA